GGUCCAAAGGCGCAAUGCUAGUUGCGCAUCUCACAUGAGCUAGAGGAGGAGUAAGAGAAUCUCUUGUGAUUUACCAGCCUCCUCUGAGCUGACAUACACGACAUCUCUGAACGUUUUUCGAGGUUGCGCUUGGAUUUUGCGCGCACGUAACCGGACAUCUUUGGCACAGGUCGCGUAUUUUCCUCACAUCAUGACUUCUCGCUCUUGAUACCGAAGGCUUCCUGGAAUUUACGCACAUGAGAUAUUAUUUAUGAGUUCAGCUGCAGUGUUUAAGAUUCUCACUGAAGAAAUCUGAGGAAAUGAACAUGAACCUCGCGAGUUGUCUAGUUCUACUUUUAGUUUGGAGCGCGCGCACGGUCAACGGAAGACAUGCGAACUGUCACUUUCUGUAUGAGAUGCAGAUGGCCGAGAAGGAAUGUUUGGGCAUGCUGGCAGACGAGCAGCCGCUGAAUACAGAAGGAUGCAGGGGAAUUUGGGAUAAUAUUUCAUGCUGGCACAGUGCAGACAUUGGAGAGGUGGUGGUCAAUACCUGUCCCACCGCCCUCAAGAAUCUGUUUACCAGAGAUGGCAUCAUUAGCAGAAACUGCACUACGAAUGGCUGGUCCGAUGUGCAUCCUAGCAUCCAGGCCGUUUGCUUUGAGUCCAAACUAAACUCAACCAAGCUUGUUUUCUACAUGGUGGUGAAGACACUGUACACGCUGGGACACAGUCUCUCUCUCAUCGCGCUCAUCACAGGCAGCACAAUCUUCUGUCUCUUCAGAAAGCUUCAUUGCACGAGGAACUACAUCCAUCUGAACUUGUUCUUCUCAUUUAUUCUGAGGGCUGUUGCUGUGCUGGUCAAAGAUGCCAUUUUGUUUUCCCAUGAGAGCGUAGAUUGUACGAAACAGCCAUCACUGCUUGGUUGCAAGGUCAGUCUGAUCAUCUUCAACUACUUCAUCAUGGCAAACUUCUACUGGCUGCUGGUGGAAGGGCUAUACCUGCACACCUUGCUGAUGGUCAUCUUCUCCGAGAACAGACAUUUUAUCAUCUAUCUACUCAUCGGAUGGGGAUUCCCUACCGUGUUUGUGAUUUCAUGGAUCAUUUGUAGGAUUUACUUGGAAGACACAGGAUGCUGGGAGAGAAACGACGUGCCGAUCCCCUGGCGGAUGAUCAAGUGGCCCAUCAUGGCGUCUGUCAUUUUGAACUUCAUUCUGUUCAUCAGUAUCAUUCGAAUCCUUGUCCAAAAAUUGAGAUGCCCAGAUGUUGGUGGAAAUGACCAGUCUCAGUACAGGAGGUUGGCCAAGUCGACCCUUUUGUUGAUUCCUCUGUUUGGAAUCAACUAUGUUGUUUUCGUUUACAUCAUCGAUGAAAAUGAAGAAAUGGAGAACUAUAAAAUAUUCUUUGAACUUGGCCUGGGGUCCUUUCAGGGCUUGGUGGUUGCGAUUUUGUAUUGUUUUUUUAAUUCUGAGGUCCAAAGUGAACUCAAGAGAAAAUGGCGGAGUUUGCGCUUGAAGCGCUACAUCGUCCGAGACUAUCGUCUGCACAGCUCGUCCAUAUCCAGGAACGGUACCGACAACAUGGCCCAGUUCCACCGUAACUCCAGAGCGCAGUCCUUCCUGCAGACUGAGACCACCGUGGUCACUUCUGGGAUGUACGUUCCAGUGACUGCACAAUGACACGGGGAGGAGAUCGGAUCUUUUACAGCCAGACCUGAAGAGAGAGAGGACCUCGGGAGAGCACGUGCAGGGAUGAGAUCAUCUAAAGUGACACAGAUGCCAUGAGCAGGGGCAUUCAGCAUGAUUAUGAGACUGUCAGAGGGGAAUGAAUGAAAGAGCUUUAAUUAGACCUGGCAGAGAAGAAUCAAGUGUGUUGACUCAUAUUUAAGGGGGGAUUUCUGGGUUUAGUGUGAUGUACAGUAUGAUAUUUGUGCAUUUUGGUUGCGAGUCAGGUGUGUUUGACACACGCGUUCAUGAUGUAAAAACUUUUACUGUAUAUGGAAAGAGGACAUAAUGUUAAUGCGUUUUUUUGUAUUUAACCAUUUGAAUUGCUUUAUUCUACAUUUCUGUGAACUGUAUUGACAUUUUUCAUUAAAUGUGUAAUAUUUUUAGAUUGUGUAUUCAGUAAUCACGUGCAGUGUUACAUAAUACAAAACCUGACUAGGAAUUGGCAGAUGAAUAAUACUGUCAUGUUAAAUAAUGUAAACAAUGUUAAAUAAUAUAUGA